CUGAGAAGAGGAGCCGCAGCCCCUGCAGGACGGGGGCCAGCGUCGCGAUGGGCUCCACCGCCACCCCGGAGGGCGCGCUGGGCUACGUCCGCGAGUUCACGCGCCACUCCUCCGACGUGCUCGGCAACCUGAAUGAGCUGCGCCUGCGCGGGAUCCUCACUGACGUCACGCUGCUGGUUGGCGGGCAACCCCUCCGCGCCCACAAGGCGGUUCUUAUCGCCUGCAGUGGCUUCUUCUAUUCAAUUUUCCGAGGCCGCGCAGGAGUGGGGGUGGACGUGCUCUCCCUGCCCGGGGGCCCCGAGGCCGGGGGCUUCGCUCCCCUACUGGACUUCAUGUACACUUCACGCCUUCGCCUCUCUCCCGCCACUGCGCCCGCUGUCCUUGCGGCCGCCACCUACUUGCAGAUGGAACACGUGGUCCAGGCAUGCCACCGCUUCAUCCAGGCCAGCUACGAACCUCUGGGCAUCUCUCUGCGGCCUUUGGAGGCAGGACCCCCCACGCCGCCGACGGCCCCUCCGCCAGGCAGUCCCAGGCGCUCCGAAGGACACCCAGACCCACCCACUGAAUCUCGCAGCUGCAGUCAAGGCAGCCCAGACCCCAAGGCCUGCAACUGGAAAAAGUACAAGUUCAUCGUGCUAAACUCGCAGGCCUCCCAAGCGGGGAACCUGGGCGGGGAGAGGAGUUCCAGUCAGCUUUGCGCCCAGGCCGGGCUCCCCAGUGGGGAUGAGGCUUCCAGCAGCAGCGGCAGUGAAGAAGGACCCAUUCCUGGUCCCCAGAGCAGGCUCUCUCCAACUGCUGCCACAGGCCAGUUCAAGUGUGGGGCUCCAGUCAAUACCCCCCAUCUCCUCACAGCCCCAGCUCAAGAGCCCGCUGGGUCACACUCUGCGCCGGCUUGUCCCCCACCAGGAAGUGAAUUUUUCAGCUGCCAGAACUGUGAGGCUGUGGCCGGGUGCUCAGCGGGGCUGGACCCCUUGGCUCCUAGGAGUGAGGACAAGCCCUACAAGUGUCAGCUGUGCCGGUCCGCCUUCCGCUACAAGGGCAACCUGGCCAGUCACCGCACAGUGCACACAGGGGAGAAGCCCUACCACUGCUCCAUCUGCGGGGCCCGCUUCAACCGGCCGGCCAACCUGAAAACGCACAGUCGCAUCCAUUCCGGAGAGAAGCCGUAUAAGUGUGAGACUUGCGGCUCGCGCUUCGUGCAGGUGGCGCACCUGCGCGCGCACGUGCUCAUCCACACCGGGGAGAAGCCCUAUCCCUGCCCCACCUGCGGCACUCGCUUCCGCCACCUACAGACCCUCAAGAGCCACGUUCGCAUCCACACUGGGGAGAAGCCUUACCACUGCGACCCCUGCGGCCUGCAUUUCCGGCACAAGAGUCAACUACGGCUGCAUCUGCGCCAGAAGCACGGGGCUGCCACCAACACUAAAGUGCACUACCACAUUCUGGGGGGGCCCUAGCCGAGCGCCGCCCCAGAUCCCGCUCACCUCCUGGAAUCCGGGAAAGUUGCGCUCACGCCCGGCCUCCCUAUUGGCCUUGGGCACGAGGAGACGGUGGUGUGCAAGGCUCCUCUGGUAUCAGAAACCGGUACCGCCUUGAAUUCU